GUGAACUUUGCUAUUUAGUAUUUCAUUGCGCAAAAUCCUAACUUUACUCUAAGAAAAAGAUAUUUUCUUUGGAAUUUGUAUGAAAAAUAAAUUAGUGAAUUCUUUACUGUGUCAAAGUUUCUUUACUGUUUCAAAAUUGUUUACUUUCUAAUCAACUUCUCAGAAGUUUGUGAAAAAGUUGGGGUUUUUUUCCCCCUCCUCAUAGCGCACUGCGAUGACGGAUCUACACGUACAGUUGGAUUUAUUGUGACGCAUAAGUGAUCGCUUUUCGUCUGUGGUGUUUCUGAUGCUCAGGAUAUGUACUUCUACCUUGUGUGAAAUAUAACAUAGGGGCAAGGGGAUCAGCAGAGAUUUUGUGAAGCUUCAUUUGAAAUGGAACAAGGAUACACCAUUAUGUCUAAGAACUCGAAUGUCGGUGAUGCAUUUCCCAGCGCAUUAUCCUUUUCUACAGUAAGUUAUGCCAAUGAUUAUUUGACCACUACCAGAAGACCUUUGGCUUCGCUACCACCAGUUCCUGAAUGUUCUACAAACGCUAAUGCCAUAGACCACACUGGUGAAUCAUUUACCCGCAUUGACUCAGGCUUUGAGUCUGCACCACCAAGUCCACCUUCAAGAGAAGUUGCAGCAGCGGUUAACAGAACUUCAUCAACAUAUGAGUACAUCAAUCCCAGAGACCUAUACUUGCACCCACUUCCAGUUAGAAGGUGUUCAGGACACUGUGAAGGAGAAAGCAAUUCCUCAGCAAGAACAACAGCAACAGUUACAACUAUUACCAACUCUUCCUUUCCGAACACAGAUUCUGACUUGGAUGAUGCAGUACACUUUCAAAGGAGUGCAAGACAAAUAUCUAACCAGAUGUAUCAAUGUCUACAAAGAGCAGACACUCAAAGGUUCCCAAAACAGUCUCAUUGCAUAUACCGGAUGACUCUGGAGAAGCAGGUGCGCUGCCUGUGGCUUGCUUUGGUCAUUCUCAUUGUCAUCACUGUUCUGGUUCUUGUUCUGUCUGCAUACACCCUCUUUGGGGCAAUUGCUGAUAUUCAGAUUCACCUCCAUAACAAGGAUAAACAGAUCCAAAGCAUGGAAUCAGAGUAUUUAACACUGUCAAAUAAGAUCGGCUUCAUGAAAUAUGUACGUAGUGGUAAUGAAUCGUACUUGCCAGACACUGAGUGGGCAGCACUGUACGUGAAGGAAGCACAGUCCUACCUUGGCACGAAUCUUAGCAGUUUUACUUUAGAGCUUCAAAACAUGAACAUAAGCUUACAGACACAGCUUCAGGAGAUUAUCCACAUUGCUGGACCCCAGGGCCCACCAGGAGCAGGCAACCUGAGCAUGUGCACUUACCAGAACUUUACAGGCAGCGUGGGAAUGGGUGGUGGGAGUUCAUAUACAUCCUAUGUGCCAUCUCUUGAAACAUUAGAGGACAAAAUAGUGAUGUCAGUAGCUUGUGACGUACAAGGAGGCACACAGCAGUCUGUGGAGACAAAUGUUCUUUCUGCAAACAAGUUCCAGUAUCGCUGUAAAUGUGAUGGAACAACACCAUCUGCAACUCAUCGGCUGUGUAUUAUCCAUUACUUGCUGUGCCCUCGCUUGUCAUAAGUUUUGGGGAUUGAAGAGCGUGUUGGCCAGUAUUUCUGUUGUUUUCUUUUCUGCAUGAGUGUUUAUGUCCACAAAAUGCUAUUUUUAAAAGAGAAGAAAACUAUCCUUUUAUGGCAGGAAUAACAACUUCUUGAGGAAGUAAUGGCCCUCAGCUAUUAUUUUUGUUGUCAGAGCAUCAUUUCUUGAGGUAUCUAGUCUAAAAAAGAGUCAUUUUUAAAACAAUUGUUGUUGUCAAUAUUAAUAUGUCAAUAUUAAUAUUUUAAAAAUACUCAAAGCAACUCAGGCUUUUUCUAAUGAUCUGAGUUAAUUUGGUUUUGUUGUACUUGGGUUGUGAUCUAAAUCCGAGGUUGACAAAUAUGCCGUCUAUAUGUUGAUUGUAUCACCAAAUAAAUGUUAUUGCAUAUGGGGAGGUAUGUACAGUAUUUGAUGACCAAUGUUUUUUAUCUAAACUGAUUAAAUUAAAGAUCCUAUAGCAUGAUUGAGGAAGAAGCAGUGUCUAAAGACAAAGCAUGUAGAAGGCAGACCAUAACCUUUGGUUUUCUUUUCAUUUUACCCUCCCUCGAAAAAAUUGGACCUAUUAUUACACAUUAGUGGAAGAAAGGAGUUUUUAUAUUUACUUUUUUGUUUUAACCUUGCAUGGUGAUUUUAAUACACAUUUAUCAUAUACUCUGUAUAGCCAGAUGUGGCAUUUAGAUAGAUAAGACUAUUUGUCCUAGAGCAGUGGUUCUCAAAGUGUGGUCCGCGGACCACUAGUGGUCUGCGAGCAUAAGUCAGGUGGUCCGUGGCUGACAGUCGUGAUAUGUCAGCAAAGUGUUGUUUAAAGUGAUGCAUUCCUUGCAUUAACAUUUUAAUUAGAAAGAACGAGGUGCGUAGUUUUAUGUAAACUGAUUACUAUACUACAGUCACAGAAGUACAUUUAGUUUUGAAUUGUAAUUAAACAAAUGCGGCAAUUUAAAUUUGAAAUUCAUAGUACAGAGUGAUUCUUAGGCCUUGGUGGUCCGCCAUAUUUUUUACUUAAGUAAAGUGGUCCGCGGUCCGAAAUACUUUGAGAACCACUGUCCUAGAGGGUAAUUAAAUGCAGCUGUAUGUAAGCACAACAACAAAUCAACCAUACCACAACACAUUCAUAUACGUUUAGACUCUCGUGCAAUCAUGGUUAAGCUUACAUAUGAUCUAUAUUCAUUUGCACACAGUAGUGUUCAGAAGUUGCACGUCUAAAACAACAAAGGACAGCCUCAAUGUGUUGGUCCUACAUACUUGAACAAAGUGCAGAUCAGCACUGGAAAUAGUAUCCAAGGCUGUAUGCAUUAAACAGAAGACUUGUUUGUGAUACUGCUGAAGAAAUGGAACAAAAUUCAAAGGGCUCUUUACCCACUUCCUUUACAUGUACAUAAGAUUGAUGGUGGUUCCUCUGAAAACAGAACAGAGGAAGUAGGAGUGAAGGAAUUUAAUGUAUAACUGAUGAAAGGAAAACUGUUGGGAAAUCAGCAAAAUAAUGAUGCAUAUAAAAUGACAUUUUCUUGAGGGGAAUGGUUAUGAAUACGCUGGUCUUUGUUUUUGUAUAAAAUGUGCUUGGUGUCGCAUUUGAACUGAAAUAAUUAUUGCUUUUUGUACCAAAGAAUCUGUUGCCAGUUAUUGCUAUAUUGUUUAUUCUUACCAUUAGAUACACUGCCUUUUGUCGUAUCAAGAAAGCUUGUUUUUGAAAUUGGUUAUUUUUGUUGUGUGUUUUGAUGGAAGUUUAUUUUGCAAUAUUACUGUGUUAGCUGAUAGUGUUUCAAACAGUGGAUUCUCUGAGUAUCAGGAGUUUUUUGUGUGUUCAGUAGAGUAGAUUGUUACCAUUCCUGUUGUCACAUCACUUGCAUGUCAGGGUCCUCCAUUGCCUCUGGCAACACAAAUGGGGCUUUAUUUAAGAGAACAGCGUUUUCAAUACUGAGACAAUACUGGUAUAAAUCUGGAAAAAUUCAGAUGUGAGCAUUCUACUUGCACCAGAUAAAGUAUUUUGAAAUAUUACAUGCUCCUUUUGAUGAUGCAUAUACUAAAACAAUACUAUACAUUCCGGGUUGUCUGCUUUUUGCCCAACAGUUAGUGUCUGUCGCCAAUACAGUGAGGGUUGGCUUUCCUGAGCUCAGCUCUCAUCUCAGGCACACUGUUCUUUCUCUGCAUGUGGCAUCUGUUUACAGGGCUGGCUGUUGUGAUAUAGCCUUAGUUGCUGGCUCUGUAUAAAACACCAAGACCCCUCCCUCCUGCUUACUUCCAGUUGACAUCAUUUAUUUUCAUUUUGAAAAGGCAAGUACCUGCUUUCAAACGUGAAAUGAUUUUGGGGUUAGAUGCCAGCAGGAGACAUCAUUAUAAACUAGCUGCCAUUACUCCAGACAUUUUAUGCUUGAGCUUUUAAAACAAAAGAGAAAUUAUAUUUUAUUCAACUUUAUGUGUUUGCUUGAAGUAUUGUUGGCCUUUUUUGAAAAGUGAUAAUUACAGCUGUCUUCUUUUGUGCUGUUAUGCACCCACCAGUUUGAUGCAUUCCACGGUUCCUUGGUAUUCUCCACGUAUCUUGCUAAUGUCUGUGGAGUUUUAUAUAAUGUUUAUGCUAGUCAGAUCUUAAGAUAAUAACGGGAUUAGCUAAUCAACUAUCUGCUCUAAUAUAAUUUUUUCUUUUUAUGGAUUCCUCCUUAAUAGAGGAAGCAUGCUGAAGUACUUUUCAUUGCUGUAUAAAAAGUUUUCGUGUGUCCGCUAUUCAUGUUGCUAAGGGUAGAAUGGAUGGCAUACAAACCCAGAGGUAUGCUUACCUGCAUGAUGCAGCGUGCUUUCCCCAGUUGACCCAGCUGUGGAGUUGGGUCCCUGAAUCUGUAGAUGGAUGAAGGAGGAGCAGUGAGGGAGAAAAGACUGCCCUCACAAAUGCUGGCCUUGAGGUAAGGUUUCCAUUCCCUCACUUCCCUACAUCCACAGGGUCACAGAACUUUAUUUUUAACUGUUGCUGGAUCUUGUCAUGAUCAUGAUUUUGUGUGUGUGUGCAUCCGUCUUGUAUACUGAAGUUAAGUAAUCCACAUUUAAUGUCUUUUGAAAAUGUGUUUCAUGUUUAUUUUAGGUCUUCAUGUUUGUUAAUGUAUCUGUGCUUGGUACUUGAUAAUAUAUGUACUCUCAAAAUUUCUGAACAAAAAAGUUAAGAUAUUACAAAGACUUAUGCAGCAAAACCCAUGCUGGACUUUCCUUAAGUACAUUCCUAUCUCUGUUAGUGGUACAGAUUUCCGUCUUCAAAUUUUAUGCAGGCAGGAAGGUUUAUUUGUUAUAUGGUGCUGUUAAAGUUUUUUAAAUGUAUAUACAGUAUGGGCAAUACAGUGUAUAUAGUGAAUUUUUAACUAGGGUUUUUUUUUCAGCCAUGCAAUAAUAUUUCUAAAUGCGUUUCUAAUUUUGGACAUGUCUUAAUAGAAUUUGUAAUAAACGACAUUGUAUGCUAUA